UGAUAAAACUUUCAGUCAGAGUCAAGCGCUCCCCAAGAGCGCACGUUAUUUUUUGUUCAAAGUCUUUCUCAGUUAUUUUUGAACUGUAAACGUGAUUAUCUAGAGUGAUUAAUUCAAAUAUUUUGUUAGUGGAGUGGACCUAAUGCUGGAUCAGUUGAUUCAACUCCGGAUAAGUCGAAAAUUCCGCUCUUGGGAUCACGUGUCCCAGCCAUCUUUAUCGACCGCACUGGCGAUAGGACAGUGCUGUCAUUGGACUUUACCAGUACCACGUGAUCACUGACGUUUCCGUGGAGGAGGUUCCCCCCACUGCUGGGGAAAACGUGUGCAGGGCCGGUGCUAGGCUCAGUGAACAGAGAGAUAACCCAGGAGAGCCCCCGAGGAACAAAGGACCUCAAGGGCCGAAAAUUGCGCAUUCGUCGCACCUGUUAAAGUGAUUAAAAAAUUGCGUUAACCAUUUAAACAAAAAUCAUUUGAACAAUUGGAAGUGCUCGAAAGGUCUUUUGACAUCUGAGGAAGUCCCAAGAGACACCUGUACUCUGUCAUAUCUGUCAGUUGAUGGGACCGAACCACUGGACAAAUAAUUAGUCAGAUUUUUUUUUACUGAUGAGUGAUUACGAUCGAGAGAGGAUUUGACCAGUCAAAAUGACCGGAGACGACGUAAUUGAGUAAUUCUGUCACUGUCAGUGUGAAAAUGAUUGAAUGAGACACGACUGCGUUUGAAUAAACCAGCUCGAGCCUGUCCAGACAAAGGGAAGACGUAAUUUCAUGCUGAAAUUAUCGGAAUAGCAUCAGAAAUUGCUGAAAAUAAUUACGACAUUAAUUUGCGACUAGCCGAAGGAUUGACGUUAAAAUGUACAGCAUGAACUACAUCGGAAAGUUUAUCAGCAAUUUUCGAGAUUUUUAUAAUGAAAUUAAUGCUGCUACGCUGACUGGUGCGAUCGAUGUCAUUGUCGUCGAGCAGGAGGAUGGCUCCUUCAGCUGUUCACCGUUUCACGUUAGAUUUGGAAAGCUUGGGGUGCUCAGGUCAAGGGAGAAAGUGGUGGACAUAGAAAUAAAUGGUGAGGCUCAACAAAUUCACAUGAAACUUGGGGACUCAGGCGAAGCUUUCUUUGUCGAGGAAGUCCCUUAUGAUGGUCUCCAUCGCCCUACCGACAUCCCGCCGCACCUGGCGUGCUCCCCUAUCCCCGACGACAACUGCUUUCCACCCCCCAGGUUCCACCUGCUCUCUGACUUGCCAAAAGAGCAGCACGAGAAGAUUCUGAGAGACUCUGUUCUCUCGAUUGAGCGUGAAAAACUGGAGCGAAUGUCCUCAUUGCCACCAGACCAGCGGGAGAAAUUCCUCAUCGAGCAAUUCUCUGAUCUUCCAACUGAGGAUCGUGACAAAUGGCUGCUGAUAGCCUCCAUGACAUACGAGGAACGUGACAAAAUCUUCAAGGAGAGCGUUAGCACAAUGUCGACGCUUCAGAAACAACAGGUGAUCAGGGACGAGUACUCAGCGUUGAAGAUCGAGGACAGAGAACGUCUCUUCAAGGAGAACUUUCCAGAGUUACCCGCUGAACAGAGGCCCUCGUUCGAGAAAGCUCUGCUCAAUGACUGGAGAUCCACAGACGAGAAAGAGAAGAACCCACCACCGACCGAAGAAGAGAUCUUCGACAUGGACAACAUCGAUGAGGAGGAGCCCAAGCCAGUGGUCUCCACCCCGAAGUCCUUCGUUGCUGUGACAUCCACCGAGAGAAUCCGAAAGAUCAGCGUCGUGAACAACGACUUCAGGCCCAUCACUGACGAUCCCCAGGGCAGUGUCAAAGAAAAAUCAAGUGACGAGUCCAUUCCCUGUGCUGAGAACAAGACUAUCAAGGAGGAGGUGAAGAAGGAGGUGAAGACCCAGGCGAUGUCGAAGAGAAAGAGGAAGAGGAAGAGUAUCAUGAAGAAGAAGGGCUCCCAGAGGAAGACCUCCAAUGAAAGUAGCAGUCAGACUGAAGUCAGUGAGAGUGAGGUAGCUGUUGCUGAGAGCACUCAGGGCGAAUCAGAGAAGGAGACGACUCCUGUUGAGGUGUCCAGUCCCCCUCCGGACACUGAUUUCCAUUUUUUCAGCGACACGGAGAUAACUAAGAACCGGGAUUCUAGGCCAAGUUCACCAGCGCAAUCUGAUACUGAAUUUGAGAUGAGGAAAAUUGAGCAAGAGGUAAAAGAGAGAGAUGCUGAUAACAAAGGACAUCAGCAGAGCUGGAGAUGGGGAGAACUUCCGAGUCCUCCACCAGAGCCAUCACAUACAAUGAGUGCAUCAGCCACAUCUGCACCUCAGACUGACGCUGAGGCACAGCGUUCAAUGCUCAGCGGUAUGUUCUCCUUCAUGAAGAAAACUUCGCGUGUUAGGCACAAUCCAGAGUCCGAGGGAAUUUAUCUCAGUGAUUUGAAUGCCGAUGAGCUGGAUCCAGAAGUUGCUGCAUUGUAUUUUCCAACUUCACAUCGUGGAGCUACCGUUGCCAAAGAGAGAAAAGCAAUGGACGAGGAAGAUACGGAAUCAGGAAAUGGCCCAAGUUUGCCCCAGAGUCCAAAUAGCGUAGAAGGUGCCAUAGGAGGUCCAAAAUCUCUAGAUAGUGAUUUUGAUGAGCAUAAACAAUCAAUGUUCGAUUCAAAUUUCGAUGUCAGCCUGUCAUUGUGCGGUGGACUUGAUACUGAUAAUGGUCCAACUGAAGAAUCAUUUCAUCAAAAUCAACUGCGAUUCGAGGACAUUUGCACCGACAUUAAACUGUUUGAAAAUCCAAAUUUGGUUGUUAAGAUAAAUGGAAAGUUUUACAAUUGGACAAGUGCCUGUCCAAUCAUUGUCACAUUAGCUGCUUAUCAGAGGUGUUUGCCACAGCACACUAUUGAAAAUUUGUAUUCAUUGCCAAUGCAUCAAGAUAAAAAGGAGGGAAGUGUACUUCAGGAUGGUAAUAAGGUUGGCGAAGUGAGAAGUGGGGGAUACAGUUCGUGGUUUUCCUGGAGGAGAUCAGCUUCUCAACCGCCUAAGAAACCGUCAGGGAUCGCUGAAGACGAACCUAAAGGGCACAUUCCUGAGCUGAAUAGCGCAUCGAAAACCCUCGCAGCUGUUGAGGACGCAGUCGAUAAUGAAGCAAUAACAGAAUUGAAAGAAGAGCACACUGAGGAUAUCCCAGUUUCCCCAGAGUCCGAGAAACUCCUCUCAAGCAGCCCAGAGGACCCAAAAAACCCUUCAAAAGCUUCUGAAAAGUCCCCGGAGCGUGAGGGUGAGGGUUACAGUGGCUCAGAAGACUCUGACAGCAAUCAAAAUGAGCCUCAGGGCGUGAAGAUCCCCAAGGAGCGAAGACCCUACUACGAACCCACCGAACAGUACAGGAAGACCUUAAGAUUAUCCUCCGAGCAGAUAGCCAGUCUAAACCUCAAGGAAGGCCCCAACGAAGUGGUCUUCAGCGUGACAACUGCCUACCAAGGUACCUCCAGAUGCAAAUGCCACAUUUAUCGGUGGAAGUGGAACGAUAAGAUCGUCAUCUCCGACAUUGAUGGGACAAUCACAAAGUCAGACGUCCUCGGACACAUCCUGCCGAUCGUUGGAAAGGACUGGGCGCAGUCCGGAGUUGCUCAGCUCUUCACAAAAAUCAAGAAUAAUGGGUAUAAAUUGUUGUACCUGUCUGCACGAGCUAUUGGACAGGCGCGAGUAACCAGGGAGUAUCUGAAGAGCAUUAAACAGGGGGAUCUUUCACUGCCUGAGGGUCCACUGCUACUCAACCCCACCAGUUUGAUUUCGGCCUUCCAUCGGGAAGUCAUUGAGAAGAAACCUGAGCGAUUCAAGAUCUCCUGCCUCAGUGACAUUCAGGCACUUUUCCCUGAGGGAUCGAAACCUUUUUAUGCUGGCUAUGGUAACCGCAUCAAUGAUGUUUGGGCAUAUAGAGCUGUUGGGAUUCCCAUUAUGAGGAUUUUCACCAUCAAUCAUCGUGGGGAGUUGAAGCACGAACUGACGCGAACAUUCCAGUCAUCGUAUUCGAACAUGAGUUUCAUCGUCGAUCACCUCUUCCCCCCCGCCUUCCGGGAGGACGCCGCCGACGAAUUCAAUAAUUUUUCGUACUGGCGUGAUCCAAUCCCAGAAUUAUCAGAUAUCGGGGACAUCUUAACAGAGCUCCAAAUUACUCAAUAAUUACCAAAUGCUCCGAAGACGUAAUUAAGAUAAACUGCUUGUCGACUUUGUUCUCAUUGUGUUCGUGACAAUUACUCACCUCCACUUCGGUGAAUCGAGGUAAUUACGAUGAUUAUAAUGAUAAAUAUUCGUCAUUCGCAUUCAAGCUAACUUUUGUACUCUUCCGAUUGAAGAAAAAAAAAAUGCAAAUCACGAUUUAAUUGCUUGAGAUAACGAUUCGACGAGAAAAAUUGAUAUUCGAAUCGUACUUAUCCGCUGCUUUAUGUAUUUUCGUAGUGAGAUAAAUCAUCAACAUCAGCAGGGUAUAAUAAUGGUGACGAUAAAUAGCAUUCCAACGGUGAAUGUGUGAUUAGUGGGUUUAUUAAUUUAUUAUUAGUUUAUUUUUCUUUGAUUUUGGAAAUGAGGAAGAGGCCUACCAUGUUUAGUUCUGCCUUUUCAGGGAAUUUCUAGUCGAGAAAUUGAGUAAGUGAAUUUUAUUCUAGGAUUUACCCAUACAAAAAUUUAAUGUUAAUAUCCACAGCAAAUAUUCCAUCAUAUUUUGAUUGUGGGAAAGUUAAUCGAUGGAGAAUGUUACCUUUGUGUCUUGUCGAAUGCUCGAGAUAAUUUCUAUUUAUUUUUUUACAAUUUAUUCAUUUAAUUGGCACUCUUUUGAUGCCACGUAGAUUUAAAAAUCGAAAAAAAUCACUGAGUAGACAUGAAUUCAUUCUAUUGUGAUAUUUGGGUCAAAUUUGCAAGCUGAAUUAAUCUCAAUUAUUUGAGGAGUCGUUGAAUACUGAUAGAAAGUUGCGAUAACUUUUUUCCAUUGAUUGUAACAGGGAAUUGACAAAUGUUAGAAAGUCAUCACCUGAUUGAUUGUAUUUUUUGUAUCGUUUGUGAUUUAUUUUCAAUUUAUUUUGUAAUUUGGAGAAGUAGUUUUUUUUUUCGUGACAGAAAUUCAUUCGUAUGAUCACAGUGCGAUUCUCUGUCUAACGGGAAUAUUAUUCCUGGAUAAUGAUAAUUACUGAAACGAUAAAUGACAAAAGGAAAGAAAUGACAAAACUUGUUAAACUCAAUACUUUCGGAAGGAUAAGGGAAGCAAAUUGAUUUACAGAUUUACAGAUGGAGUUUGUAAAUACAGUAGGCCAUUACGAAAGUUACUUUUUUUCAUACUUUUUAUUUUAUAGUCAAAAUGAAAUUAAUUUUGUAGUUUGAUUAAUCGAUUAUGAAUUUUCUAUGGAUUGAAAAUGAUGAAGUUUGACGGACCAGAUAGAUCUCACUCGCUCGUGCACACGCUUAUCUAUACCGAAACGAUGAAAUCGUACUAAAGAAAUGUGUUUUUGUAUUUGAAAUAAAAUGUGGUGAAGCUAGGAAAUAUUUCCCUCCAGGACAUGUCUCCUGGAGACGGUUCAGCUUCUGCUAAAUGUCAUGAAUGUAUCCGUAGCAAAAAAAAAAUUGUGAAAAAAUAAAAAAGGAAAAAUACACAGAUAA